AUGAUAACAGAGGACGCUUUGCCGACUUACCAAACCAUGAUCAACACCCUCGAUGGUGUAAGGGACGAGACUGGAGUGAGUGAGAGCGCGUGGGCCAAGUGGACACGCGCUUGGACGGCAGAGGAGAACCGUCAUGGUGAUUUGUUGCGGACUUACUUGUACUUAUCUGGUCGGGUAGAUAUGCUUAUUGUCGAACGUACCAUCCAGCAUCUCAUCAGCUCCGGGAUGGAUCCAGGAACAGAGAACAACCCGUACUUGGGUUUUGUCUACACAUCGUUCCAAGAGCGAGCCACCUUCGUGUCUCAUGGCAACACCGCACGGCUUGCCAAAGACGCCGGAGAUCCAGUCCUCGCUCGAAUUUGUGGCACCAUUGCCGCAGACGAGAAGCCCCACGAGAACAUGUACACAUAG